GUGUCCAUGAUCCUGAAGCAAGAAGCGUGUGGGUGGAAGGAAAGGAGGCACCCACGGAAGCAAGAAGCGUCAUGCUUGCUUCCCACCUGAUGCCAGUUCUUCUUCCCCUGUCAACGGACUUGUUUGACACACCUUCUCAGUUAUCACGCACAAGGUUCGCUUGAAAGUUCCACCCUUAUCCGGGUUCUUGUAUAUUUGACGGACGCCGAAUUCUAGAGCUUCUCCGAGUACCAAGACAUGGCAUGCUUUGGCUCCUUCAGGAAGAAGCCGAAGGGUGCACCGGAGAGGAACAGCUCCCCGGCCGUGACCUCCGCGACCACUACUGCCUCGAGCAGCAGCAGCACCAGCCGGUCCGAUGGUUCCGCUGCCAGAAAGCAUUCAAGCAUAUCUGCCGGCUCUACCACGUCGCAAAAGAGCAUUACGGAUUUGUACGAGGAGAGGGCUCACAAACUGCAUCUUUUCACGUUCGAUGAACUGAGGAACGCUACCAAUGACUUCAGCAGAAUGAAUAAGAUUGGGGAAGGUGGAUUUGGAAGUGUCUACAAGGGAUACAUCCGCCAUCCAAACGGAAGAGGUGGCAGGACGUUGGUGGCGAUAAAGAAGCUGAACCAGAAAGGCUUGCAGGGGCAUAAGCAAUGGUUGGCAGAAGUCCAAUUUCUUGGGGUUUUUGAACACCCAAGUCUUGUGAAACUUGUCGGGUACUGUGCCAAAGAUGGUGAAGGAGGGAUUGAGAGGCUGUUGGUGUAUGAGUACAUGCCUAACAAGAGCUUGGAAGACCAUCUGUUCAAAAGGGCUUACCCUGCUAUUCCCUGGAAUUUGAGGCUGCAGAUAGCUUUGGGCGUGGCAGAAGGGUUAGCAUAUCUGCAUGAAGAACAGGUGAUAUAUCGGGAUUUCAAAGCAUCAAAUGUGUUGUUAGAUAAGGAGUUCAACCCAAAACUCUCCGACUUCGGCUUAGCACGAGAAGGACCGACUGCGGGACGAUCUCAUGUGACUACAGCGGUGGUGGGCACUUACGGAUAUGCAGCUCCAGACUACGUCGAGACGGGGCAUCUCACAGUCAAGAGCGACGUUUGGAGCUUCGGGGUGGUUCUCUACGAGAUCCUUACGGGCAGGCGUUCGCUGGAGAGGAAUCGGCCACCAAACGAGCAGAAGCUGUUGGACUGGGUAAGGCAAAACCCCGUGGAGACCUGGAGGUUCAGCUUGAUCAUGGACCCGAGACUGCGAAGCGAGUUCUCGCUCGGAGCUGCACGCGAGAUAGCCAAGCUGGCCAACAGUUGCCUCGCCAAGAAUCCUAAGGAGCGUCCGUCGAUGAGGGAAGUGGUAGAGUGCUUGAGAAGAGCCGCAACUGAUUCAAACAGGAGGAGAACCGAUGCAGUAUCCUCGACGAGGUGAUGAGAAAGACGUCGAGCUUUGGAAGUGUCAACUUUUCCCUUCAUGUGUCUCCUCUGUGUGCAGUAACCAAGUGAGAGAGCUGCAUUUUGCUCGUAGACAAAUGCAGCUUUAAGCUUCGCAUAGAUCUUGGCAUGCUCUCGUCUUACAGCAAGCAAUGUGAUCGAGUCGAACAAGAAAAAGUCAAAGAUUUAUCUUGUUUGGACAUUGGUCCAAUCAUUUAAAUGAUCAAAUCUAG